AUGGUAGCCGGGCUCCAUCGCAUCAAUCUAUUACUAUGUAUGUCUUACAGGAGAAUGUACUCAGUGGAAUAUCUCCCUAGACUCAACCAGUUGUCUAUUGAAAUAGAAGGUGUUGUAUCCAAUGCCGUUACUGGGGUAAGACUAGAAGAGGAAAGGCUUAUUUUAAUUUCUGUUGAAGGGCAUGACCCUAUAAAGGUUGAAAGUCCCAUAGCCUUCACAUCUGCGACUCCUACAAGUAUAAAUGUUCAAAAAUCGAAACUUCUAAUCUCCUUGAAGGUUGAUCCACAAUUGGGCUCAGGACUGGCGAAUGAUACUGAUAAUGGACCAGAGAAGUGGUCUUGCGGAUGGUUAAACAAACACACUUCGAAAAUGGGAUCUAAGAACAAAUUUCAGUUUAGAUGUAGCAAUUGUCAAAAUCAACUAAUUGAUUCGUUCAGUUUCGUCUUCAAAGAUAUGCCAGGAGAUUACUGGUAUGAACUAAUGGAUUUUUGGCAUUGCCACAAGCCAGAAAAUAAUCAACCCUCAGGUAAAGAUUAUGGUAUAUUGAAACCAAAAGACGACAAAACUAUUAUCAUCGGAUCAUUCUAUUUGUUGCAAACUGUUAACCUGUCUUUACAGCUAGUUGAAAAAAGUGAAGAGGCUAUUUACAUCUGCAAGAUCUGCCAUCAAGUGAUUGGUGAUAGGUUUCAAAAUGUGAUACGCUUACUUAAGUGGAAAUUGAACCUUGCAUAUGGAAAAGAGAGCCAGACAUCUAUAUCCACUUACGAUCCUUUGCUCUAUGCUGUUAACUUGUUUAUAACGAAGAUUCAGUCGCUGGCGUUGAGAAAAUUCAUUAUCGAUGUCAACGAGAAAAGGGCGUUUUUAUGGAUUCUAAAUAUAGAUAUCGAUGUGACAAUUGAUGGACGAAUACUUCCCAAAUGCUUGAAAGUUUUGUGGUUUUUCAAUAAAAAUGAUGAAAACGUUGGCAAUGGUUACGAGAAGACUGAAAUUUUGUACAAAGAAGUGGCUGAUAACCUUCUCGCAGCAUUGCAAAAUAAUACAAUAAAUUCUACGGUUGAAAUUGGUUCUAUAAAAUAUCAAGUUAGUUACAUACCUACGUUAAUGACCAGGUAA